AUGACUUCUACGGAAGAAAAAUGUGACAAAACAGAGGUAGAAACCAAGAAAGAUCCCUCGGAACCAUCAGACCAUGAUUCCUCUUCUAAAAUGGAAUGCGAUGCUGAAAAGAUUGAGGAAGGCGACGAUAAUCAAGAAAAACCACUCUCGAAAAAGCAGCAGAAUCGUCUGAAAUGGAAACAACGCUAUUUGGAAAAACGAUUAGUGAAAAGAGUUGAAGAACGCGAACGAAAAAAGGCGAAACGAGCUGCGAUGAGAGAAGCCGGCGAGUUUGAAAAACUGAAAAGGAAGCGCGGAAAGAAAAUGGCUGAUUCGAAUAGCAAACAAAGAGUAAUUAUCGAUAUGUCAUUUGAUGAUCUAAUGAGCGAAAAAGAUCAAAAACGGACUGUUCAACAGAUCAAUUGGUGUUAUGCGGCGAAUCGGCAUUGUCCUGAGCCUUUUCAGUUCCACGUUGUUGGUUUCGAUGGUCCCUCGCGCAAGAUGUAUGAUGGGAUUGAGGCGAAUUGGAACCAAGACAUCCAUUUGCACACCGAGAAGCUCGAACAAGUGUUUCCGAAAGAAGACAUUGUGUAUUUGACAGCAGAAUCGGAGAACCUUCUAACGGAACUUGAUGAUACAAAAGCCUAUGUAAUCGGAGGAAUUGUGGAUCACAAUUCUCAGAAGGGAUUGUGCCAUCGUAUAGCAGAAGAAAAAGGAUACGGUCAUGCACGGCUACCCAUCGAUGAAUAUGUUCAUUUGAAAACUAGAAGGGUGCUCACUAUCAAUCAAGUCUACGAGAUUCUUGUCCAUUUUUCGGUUCACAAAGACUGGGAGCAAGCGUUUCUUUCGAUUGUGCCUGAACGGAAGGGUCUUAAGAAGAAGGAGAAGACGCCCGACGAUCCCGAAGCGACAACCGACUAG